AUGCCCUUCGAUCGCGUCGGUCCUUCGAACACGCCGUACGCCACCCUAGGGUUCGGUACGUACUUUCUAUCCUCCGCCAUUUUGUCUUCCUGGUCCAUUCCUCCGUCCGGCUCGUCCCUUCCCGGAUCGGAGCGGCUCGCUGUCUGUUCCCAUCUUGAUUUGCGCUCCUUUGCCGUCUCUCAGCUCGCCCCCGUCUCAAAUUCGUCGUAUCGGAGCAAGAAGCGCGUUAGGAGCUUAGGGGAUCCUCCUUUUCUCGCCAAUUCUCGCAGCGACCUUCAUGCCACCUUUUUUGCCACCCUUUUUCUCCUGCGAAAGGAGUUCGCUGCGAAAAUUCUUUUUCUCGAGUCGUUCGGUGGGUUCGGGAAGGGGGUCGGCGAGAUCCUCUGGAAGGCGGCGGACGUUCGACAGAACAAGCUGACGCGGGCCCAGUACCUCGAUGAGGUGACUUGGACCACCAAGAACGGGCUAAGGCUGCAGAAACAGCGUAUCUCAGUCGUUCUUCACACGGCCAUCGCAGAGCAGAUUGUGAAUGAGCUUGCCUGCGGCGAGGGCGGUCGAGUGCACGGAGCUAAGUGCCUCACCGUCCUCGCAGGAGUCGCUUAG